AUCAAACAUGUUUUGACUGAGAGAGCCAUUGCUGAGCCUGAUCCGAGAAGGUCUGCAGAGAUGAAGAGGAUGAUUAAUAUCUUGUGAUGCCUUAUUGUUUUCCUUCCUCCAAGUUUUAAAUCAUCUCAAAGUGUUGUUUGUAAAUGAGAUGCAAUGAGUGGCAAUCACUCUGGUUUACUAUUCUUUCUUUCGGUUGGGAUAUAUUUACUUCCUAGAAUGAAAAUUAUCGCUGGACAUGUGCAGCGGAUUUGAAUGGUAUCUUGCAUUUGAGAAAUGAUGAUUUAGUGCAAUUGAACCAUGCUCAGAAACAA